UACGCUUCCGGGAUAUUACCAAGUUUCGACACGGUGGUUGAGGUUUUGAUUUGAACCACUCAGAAGUUACUCGAUAGUAUAGCAUCAAAUCAUUGUUACUUUGAUGUAUAGAAUUUAAAACGUUUGUAAUAUAAUCAUAUAGGAAUCAUAUGACCGGAUCUAACCAAAUUAAGACUAGCCGAUUAUCGCAGUUUCGCUCGAAUAUCUUUCAUUACGCUUCGCAUGAAAACGCUUUCCAUAUUUCCUGCAACAUUGUGUGUAUCCUACAGUCCAAACUCGGAUUCUUGCUAGGGACCAAAACAAAACCAUUUGAAAAGAAGGCCGUGCAUAGAAUUCCGAGUGUACAUUUAGCCUAGCUAGUUUAGGAGAAAAUAGUGGUUUACCUGGAAUACGCCAACCAUCAACCAAUUUCUGUUUUGGGAGAGCACGUCAAGCUACUAAAGUAUUUCAUGGAUUUUCUGUGUUUCAGGACACUGUGCUGUAAAGGACCACCCUCUCCCAGACCAGAGUAUGACCUGGUGUGUAUUGGACUCACAGGCUCGGGGAAGACCAGUCUACUGUCCAGACUCUGCAGUGAAGCCACAGGCAACAUCGGGCCAACUACGGGUUUUAGCAUCAAAGCUGUUCCAUUCCAGAAUGCCAUUCUAAACGUGAAGGAACUCGGAGGAGCAGACUCGAUAAAGAAGUACUGGUCGCGGUACUACCAGGGUUCCCAGGGAGUGGUGUUCAUCCUGGACAGCGCCUCCACAGACGAGGACCUGGAGAUGGCCCGCACUGAGCUCCACUCUGCCCUGCAGCACCCCCAGCUCUGCACCCUGCCCUUCCUCAUACUGGCCAACCACCAGGACAAACCAGCCGCUCGCACUACACAGGAGAUAAAGAAGUAUUUUGAGCUGGAGCCUCUGGCCCGAGGGAAGAGCUGGAUUCUAGAAGGCAGCUCAGUGGACAACAUGGAUGCCGUGAAACAGAGCUUCACUCAGCUCAUUGAGCUGCUGGAGGACAAGGACCAAGACACAGGCAGGAUAUGAGCUGGGACCUAAACUACUGGGAACUACAAAUCCCACAGGACCUGCUGAGCCACAAGAACUACAAACCACACAGGUCCCACAGGACCUGCUGAGCCACAGGGAACUACAAAUCCCACAUUGGUCAACAGUUAGACCCCACAGGAGCCACAUCCAAGCUACAACGCCCAUGGGAGGGCAUACCACACAGGCAGGCCAUACGACACAGGCAGGCCAUACGACACAGGCAGACCAUAUGACACAGGCAGGCCAUAUGACACAGGCAGGCCA